AUGCCAUACCCGCGGCCCGUGUCCCCGAUUUCGCUAGAGUCAUGCGAGAUAUCUCCAUUUGAAACAGAUCCAGAUGACCUUCUGGCCUCAGAUGAAGAGAUUGACGGCGCUGCCCGUGCUGCAAAGCGCCAGCGGGUGGAGAAGUUAGCACAGUCUUAUUUGCAGGGGAAACCGCUUUCAAUCCUCUCUGCAUCGCUGAGGGGACCAUUUGAUGAUGGAUGGGUGAAUCCCUGGAAGAAGAACAGGUCUCGUGGAGCCAGCGCAUCAUCGGCGAGAGUGUUGUCAAAUCGACAUACGAAUGUCCCCGAGCGGGUGGUCCAGGAAACCGAUUUGCGGGUUUCAAAACAUCGACAGGGCUUGUCAGUCAGUAGUCGUCGCGCGGAGAUUCCACCGUCGUCUUUCGACUCUCCUGGAGCCUCGGUACACACCGCGGACCGUUCUUCGCCCUCUAAACCAUCACGGGGGAAUUCCAGGAAGUCUACCCCCCGGCCGGCGCGUAGUGUGCAACCUGGAUCAUCGCGACGGUCUCCGGCGAAAUCAACGGAACAACAAUCUUUGGCCGUGGAGGAUCGGUCAAUAAACCAUCCCAGAACAGCAGACUGGCUGAGGAAGGAUCGGACACUUAUGAACUUCACCAAGUUCGAACCGCCGAGCUCGCCAACAACGUCGGUCGCUUCUCGCCAUUCGGAUAAGGCUCGCCGACCUGCGCCCCGCGUGGUUCAUGUACAGGUCCCACAGACGCCUGGAUCCCCAAUGAAAUCACACCCUGCCAAACCUGUCAUGGCGAAGACUACUCUGACUGCUCCUAUAAACACCAACGCACAUCCAUUUCCACAGAACAUUCAAACGGCUACGACAGCUUCGCCCAAAGCUCCUACCAUUCCCAAAUUAUCUCCCCUUCAAAAGUUUCAGCAAACGCACAUGUCAGAGGAAGCGUCUCUCCGAGUUGUUGAUUCCUCAUCUCAGUUGCCAAGAUUUGAAUAUCGAAGAUGGCCCCGUGAUCAUUCUAGUCAGCAAGAACGGACCUCUCCUAUGCAGGAUGAGAGUAUCUUGCAAGAAGAGACUUUUUUGGAGGCGGAUAGCCCUUUGAAGGACAAAACCACUGCUGAACCUGCCCCUGCCGGUCCGGUCAGAAAUAUACCUUUGGACCCUGUUGCACCUGAGCCCUCUGUUCACAGAGAGAUAGUGAUUUGCAACGAGUCUUCUGAAAAGGAAAUUAUAAGCCACAAAACUAUGUCAAAAGAGACUAGAUUCGCAGAUGAGCAUGAUGUUGCAGAAGCACAGGCUCUAGAGGAUAUUCCGGAGGAAGAUGAUGCCAUGGACGACGAAGAUACCUCGACAUAUCAAGAUACAGAACUUUCUGGACCAAAUGAAGAGGCUACAACAGAACAGAACACAUGUGAAGAUCUCCCCUCUGCCCAACGAGUGCCUGCACCUUUGGGUGUGUCGGACCGGGUAACUUCACUUCAUUCAACGGCUUUACCCAAAGGAAAUUCUGAACUAGACUCACAACCAGGCUUUGAUACCCAGCUUUCGACCCAGGCUGCUCUUUUACAUGCACAAAAGUCGUUCCAGGACGAUUUGGAUAGCCCUGAAUAUUACAACCAUCAAACACCAGGCCACGACCGACCUGUGCAUUCACCGAGCGGUUCAACUCACCCAAUGAAUGUCACUCCAUUCUAUCGUUUGGAAGAGUCAAUUCGACGUGAUCUAGAGCAGAGCAUAAAGAUUACCAGCACGGACAAGAGACAGGCAAUGAGCACGCAAUUCAUGCUCGAUGCAGCUACACCUUUCAACUUCAGCACUGAGCAAGCUGGUCAAGAGCGGAGCUUGAAUCGCACAAACAGAAAUAUGACGCAGAUGAACACGCAGUUUAUGCUUGAUGCAGCUACGCCCUACGCAUUCAGCACGGAAAAGAGACAGCGUGCAUCCAGGCCAGGCUCAAGCUCACCGACGAGAAGUUCUAAGCGAAAGAGAACCGCCAAUUCUGGGAGUCCGUCAUCUUCUGUCAAGACUCAAUCUACCUCUGGAGAUGAGGAUUAUCACACUAUUGGGUCCCAAUCAAGUGGAGGGGAAGCAAGUCCACAGCCGGUGGUUCAACAACCGGAUCACCACCCCACUCAUCGAUCUAUCACAGAUGCAUCCUUGCCAUUCACACUGAGCGGAUCGACACUAACAACAGGCCAGGAUGGCCAAGGUGUUCAUCAAGGAAUGGAAACCUUCAAUCUGAGCCAGGCGAUCGCAGAUGCUGGUAGUUGGCUUCAACAAAGUUUCGAUUUCAUGAAAGACACUGGUCUGACAAACCAGAAUCCCAGGACUAUCCCUACCUCCGAACCCCAACCACCUCCUUUGAUGGAUUUAUCUCAAUAG